UCUCUCUCUCUCUCCCCCCCCCGCCCGGCCAGUUGUUGUCCUCCUCUCCCUGCGGAAAUGUCGCCCAGCCAGAAGGCACGCAAGCGCCGGUCUCAGCCGCCGCGCGCCGAGGCCGACCAGCCAGCCGGCCCGCUGGCUGACCAGCCGGUGUCUUCCUUUCCUUCCCCCUCUCCACCCUUGCCUGCCGGGGGUCCAUCUGCCCUGGACCUAGAUCGUUUGUCCCAGUCGGCCGCCUGGCGCUUCCACGAGGACUCCUGCGCCCAGGAUCUUGGGCCGCUGUUUAGUGGCACCCUCGGCCGCCAGGAUUUCGACGUGGCCCGGGUGUUGUUCCUCGGCGCACGGCCCCGGCGUGGCCGAGUGCCGGUCGGCUCGCGUGCUCGUGUCCACCGAGCCCCACCACUUUACGAGCUCCGGGAGACCAUGCUCCACACGUCGGUGCGGUCACUUUUGGUAGGGUCGGAGAUUGGCGCCAUGGCGGCAGCCGGCCGGGAGCCCUGCCCGGCCAUUCUCGCCGAGGCGGAGCUCUUCGAUGCCUGUGGCGAUCCCUCCACCCGGCGUUUUCUGAUGCGUGGUCGACAGUCGACUGCUGGGCGGGUCCGGUCCAUUUCGGACCGCCUGCGCGCCCGUCUUGGCUUUCCGAUCCUUCACCAUGCCCUCGGCCUGUCGACCACCGAUGCCAAUGCCGCCCUGACCUUGGUCAUGGAAGGCAUGACCACGGCCACGGCCGUCAGUCGGCGUUUGCUGUCUCGCUUCAGCCCCGGCUGGCUGACUCGAGCUCUGGCGCCUUCGCCGGCUCCUUCGGCCUCCACCUCCCUGGAUCAAUCCACGGACCUGGCCUUCCGGAGCACAGUCGGCGGAAUGUUCGUCGUGUCGCGUGCGCAACUCGGAGCCAUGGUGGCCGCGGCCGUACGUGCCGGACACCUACCGAGUGCCUUCAACCGAUCGGGCGACGCCAUUCGCCGGGCCAUCGAUGUCGGCGCUGGUGAUGGGUCGGUCUUGCGGGAGCUGCGUUUCGGCCCGCCGGCCCCGACGGCCGAAGCCACCGCCGUGGAUGGAUCUCCCAGGCGCCACAGCCACUUGGCCCUGGACUUUUGCAUGGCGACCGAGUUUAGCACUUGGAUGACGCGCGUUCUCCAGCAGAAUCCCGCCAUCGACGCGGUUUUCGGAGGGACCAAUCUGGAUGAGGUCAUCACCGAGCACGAUCCCUUUGAUUUGGUGAUGUGUCUCAAUGUCCUGGAUCGUGUUGACGACCCUCUGGCCUUGAUGCAUCAGCUGCGUGGCCUGGCCCGGCCACCAGCCGACGACCCGGCCCGCGUCGGCGGCCUCAUCUUGCUGGCCGUGGUCCUGCCCUUUAGCCCCCAGGUGGAGGGCGGCUCUUCAUGGUCGCGACCCAGCAAUCCCCUGACCGGGGUGCCGGUCCCUCCGCCCGGCUCGUCCCGACACCACUCGACCAUCUGCUCCUGCUCCAAGCAGCGUCUCCCGGGCCAGCUUCAGUCGCAUUUGACUUUCCUGGCCGCGCCGGAGGAUACUCCCGUGCGCACGGAGCUUGACUACAGCCGUCCAGACACCUUCGAACGGCAUGCGGUGUGGUUUGUGCGCGACGUCCUCCCCCGGGCCGGCCUUCGUGCGGUGUCCAUCGCUCGGGCGCCGUACCUCUCGCACCGAUGUGGCAGUCUCUUCGGUGCGGCCUACCUCAGCGACCUGCUGAUCUUGUGUCGGGUGGUCGAUCGGGCCCCGCUGCGCUGAGUUCCGUGCUCUGGGCUUUCCCGUACCGCGGCAGGCCGCGGUAUAACCCCCCCCCCCCCUUCCCAUGCGCCUUCUAUCUUUCCCGCCUG